GCAGUCGGAUAUCGAUGAAGAAAAGUACCACAACAAAAUAUCCGCCUCGCCGUGGUGGCGCACAUGUAUUACCAUGACAACCGAAGUCCUGGGCUUGGCCGUGAUUGCUAUGCCUGAAGCAUCGGCCAAGAUUGGGUGGUUGUCGCUGGUAGUUCUAGUUAUAGCUCUGGGCUUCUUGGCGACGUGGACGGGUCUGCUGCUGCGGGAUAUAAAACUACGACACAGAAAAAGUAUACAUGAGUAUUCGGAUGUGGCGAAAAUGAUGUUUGGUACCGCCGGUGGUCGCAUUAUUUCCUUCUGGAUGUAUAUCAGUGUUUUCUCCGAAGCCGCUGCACAGAUUCUGACAGGUGGUAUAGCGCUCGUGAACAUUACAGAAGGCAAACAGUGCCUGGCCCUGUGCAUCUCUGCGGCUGCGUUCAUUGGCUGUCUUUUAACUCAAUUGCGGACCUUUCACGCUCUCACAGUUGUGAGUAUCGUUGGACUUGUCACUAUUGUGAUACCCCUUAUGACUACCGUCAUUGCUCUACCCUUGCAAAAUGUGAACCACCGGGCGAACGCGUACGCUGUGGCUGUUGUCACAGAUGCAUCCUUCAAGGAUAUUUUUAACGCCAUCAUGACGGUGGUGUUUGGCUAUGGAGGGCAUGUGUUCUAUUUCGCCUUCAUGUCUGAGAUGAAGAAUCCGGCUGACUUCAAAAAGGCCUUGUUCGUCUCUCAGUCUAUCACGGUAACCAUCUUCCUGCUAUCGGCUACGCUAAUCUACGUCUACGCUGGGCCUACGGUAGAAGCACCGGCGGUGGACUCUCUCGAAUCAUUAAACCUGCGCCGUCUCAUGCAUGUCUUCCUGCUUUGUCAUACGGUGGUGGUGUGCGCUAUAGCCAUGAUUACUCUGAUGAAGUCCUUGUACCCCAUACUGUACAGUUGGAAGGAGUAUACUAUCUGGACACCGCAGACAGCCAUCAAGUACCUGAGCCUCUCCUCACUACUGUUCAUCUGUGGCUACGUGGUCGUUGAGCUCAUUCCGUUCAUGGAUGACUUCUUGGCGAUGGUCUCGGCGGUCACCAUCUUGCCGUUUACAUUUAUCCUGCCGCCGCUGUUUACGUUGAUUGACAAACGACGAAUGAUCACCAAGGAAGGAAGGACGCCGACACGGAGCGAGUCGUCAUACAUGUUCUUCUGCGGGGCUGUUGUCAUGGGUGGCGUCAUGCUAGCCUUUGCAGGUACGACGUCUGCGUUUAUGGACAUAGUCGACAAAUACACCAAGGGCGGGUAUGGAGGGCCUUUCACCUGUGCCACAGAAGCGUACUAUCCACUGCCCUUCCCCGAAGAGGAGCUCAGAGACAGAUGAUGGCUGUAGACAAUCAACCACCUACACAACAUUACCUGAAAGUAGGUACACAGUAGUAUAUCCCUGGGGGGUCUUUAGUGAGAUGGGGAUGACCCAGCGAGUGAGCGGGUGAGCAGGUUGGGGGUACACACGCACAGUUUAUACUUCGUGGGUCAACAGGGUAUAGGGAUAGGCAGAUAAUGCACCCGGCUGCGGGGAUGUUUGAGAGGGGUCUGGGCGUAGGGUUCUACACCAUACAGCUCAUCUCCAGUAUCCUGUGUGCAUUAUUGGUCCGUUCUGUGAGUGUGUUCGGAGUGUCUCUCAGUGGGGAACCGCUGCAUCGCUUCAUCCCUACAAACGUAUGCUCAGAGCAGCUGACAGACACCUCGGUCAUUGAUUGGCCUAGACCGUCGCACGCGAUGGCAUGCCCAGCCCACAGUACAGUCUCAAUGCCAUACACAGACAACCUCUUGCCGUUCUGACUGGACCCACACUGUGUGGUGGUACACAGAUACGGCGGAAAUGGUGGGUGGCUACAUAAUUGAUAUUUUUGAGAAUGUACCUGAAUGGCAACGUAUUGCCGAUAAAAACCUUAAAACUCUAAACCCCUUAUACUGAGCUACAACCGCACAAUACUGCACCUUUGCGCUGUGGUAGUAGUUGGUGGGGGCUAUCCCGAGAGAGACAAUUCCUUCACUUGUACACCGAACGGCAAUACCACUCCCAUACGAGAGGUAAGAGAUGGCUGUACUGCAGCAUUGGGAGUAGGUUGAAUACACAUAGCGUCGAUAGUCAGUGUGACUGUGCGUGACGGAUGCGGAUGACUGGGCGACAGAGGAACUAUUGAUUAUAGAUCAAUACAUACGGACGGGUGACUGAGCUCGAUGGAUGUCAUGGUGUAUACCAAGUAGGUGGAAUAGCUAGUUGUUAUUAUACGCGGGUAGAUGGACUGUGAAGUUUGUGUAUAUAAGUACCCACAGUCACCACUGUGUGGUGACUAGCGCUCAUUCGUAUGUACACUAUAUCUGUGUAUGCUACGUAACUGCAUUUGAAGCCGGUGUUGCAUAGUCGUCCUUGGACUUGUCCUGCCACGGUUGCCUGUAAACAGAUCUCUGCGUCCGAUGCACCUAGUCCUGGGUGCAUGGGCGCAGACAUUCCCAAACACCUUAAUCACUGGAGGAUUCAGGGGAGGUAUUACGGGUACGGCCCUGGGAUGAUACGUACACCAAAUGUGCGCGCAGCACGUCCCACUGCGUGCUGGCCAUUGCUAUUGAGGACCAGCUGUGUGUGUUCACCUCAAUAAAGUGUAGUCAACCAUGCGAA